GCACCAUGGAUUCCUUCAAGGUGGUGCUGGAGGGGCCUGCACCUUGGGGCUUUCGGCUGCAGGGGGGCAAGGACUUCAAUGUGCCCCUCUCCAUCUCCCGGCUGACUCCUGGAGGCAAAGCUUCACAGGCAGGCGUGGCUGUGGGUGACUGGGUGCUGAGCAUCGAUGGUGAGAAUGCAGGGGGCCUCACACACAUUGAAGCCCAGAACAAGAUUCGUGCCUGUGGGGAGCGCCUCAGCCUGGGUCUAAGCAGGGCCCAGCCGGCUCAGAGCAAACCGCAGAAGGCCCUGGCCCCUGCCGCGGACCCCCCGCGGUACACCUUUGCACCCAGCGCCUCCCUCAACAAGACGGCCCGGCCCUUUGGGGCGCCCCCGCCCGCUGACAGCGCCCUGCAGCAGAAUGGACAGCCGCUCCGGCCGCUGGUUCCAGAUGCCAGCAAGCAGCGGCUGAUGGAGGACACAGAGGACUGGCGGCCUCGGCCCGGGACAGGCCAGUCCCGUUCCUUCCGCAUCCUUGCCCACCUCACGGGCACCGAGUUCAUGCAAGACCCGGAUGAGGAACACCUGAAGAAAUCAAGAUCUUGCAGCCAGGUGCCCAGGACAGAAGCCCCAGCCCCAGCCUCAGCUACACCCCAGGAACCCUGGCCUGGCCCUACCACCCCCAGCCCCACUAGCCGCCCACCCUGGGCUGUGGACCCUGCAUUUGCUGAGCGCUACGCCCCGGACAAGACCAGCACGGUGUUGACCCGGCACAGCCAGCCAGCCACACCCACACCUCUGCAGAACCGCACCUCCAUCGUGCAGGCAGCCACUGGAGGAGGCACAGGAGCAGGUGGUGGCAGCAAUGGCAAGACUCCCGUGUGCCACCAGUGCCACAAGGUCAUCCGGGGCCGCUACCUGGUGGCACUGGGCCAUGCAUACCACCCUGAGGAAUUUGUGUGCAGCCAGUGUGGGAAGGUCCUGGAAGAGGGCGGCUUCUUUGAGGAGAAGGGUGCCAUCUUCUGCCCCCCCUGCUAUGAUGUGCGCUAUGCACCCAGCUGUGCCAAGUGCAAGAAGAAGAUCACAGGCGAGAUCAUGCAUGCCCUAAAGAUGACCUGGCAUGUGCACUGCUUUACCUGCGCGGCCUGCAAGACGCCCAUUCGGAACAGGGCCUUUUACAUGGAGGAAGGCGCACCCUACUGCGAGCGAGACUAUGAGAAGAUGUUUGGCACGAAAUGCCGGGGCUGUGACUUCAAGAUCGAUGCAGGGGACCGCUUCCUGGAGGCGCUGGGCUUCAGCUGGCAUGACACUUGCUUCGUGUGUGCGAUAUGCCAGAUCAACCUGGAAGGAAAGACUUUCUACUCCAAGAAGGACAAGCCCCUCUGCAAGAGCCACGCCUUUUCCCAUGUGUGAGCCCCUCCCAUCCACUGCUGCCUCAUCCAGCCCAGCCAGAGGGAUUGCCAGUUCUUGAGUCAUCACCCCAGAUUUCUGGAUAGGGUUGGCAAAGGUCACCCCAACCCCAAUUCCUGGCCUGAGCCUGGGGUUCCCUGGGCCCUGCCCUACCCCCUCCAUUUCCCCCCACUCCCUCCACCACCACCACACAUCGGUGCUGGCCACACCAAUCCCUGUUCACAUUCAGUGCCACAAUAAACCUAUAUCCAGCUA